GUGUGUGUGAGUGUGUGUGAGAGAGAGAGUGUUCGAGUGUUCCACGCGGGAAUUCUAAUUUGCUAAGUCCCGCGCCACUGUAACUAAGCAACGCAAAGGUCGCUUAAACACACUGGAUUUCUUAUCGAGCCUUUUCUGCUCCUGACUCCAUGAGUCUAACUCACGGUUUAAUGUCCGUCUGCUCGAGCUCCUUCCCUUCCUGAACCAUCCCGCAUUUCUGUUUGGAGCUCUAGAGAUUUCUAGCACAAUUAAAGGAAACCAGAAUGCCCUUGAAGGGAAGCGGAGUGUUGGAGGAGACGAAGGGCGGGUUGUGUGUGAGGAACGGUCCGGGAGUGCAGGAAUGGACAGACGGAUCCAGAUAUGAGGGAGAGUUCCUAAAUGGACUAAAACACGGCAACGGAAUUUUCACCUGGCCUAACGGAGAGUGUUAUGAAGGCUCCUUCUACAAGGAUUAUCGCCAUGGCAGAGGAACCUACUUUUGGCCGGAUGGCUCUCAGUUCAUGGGAAAAUUUUAUCUCAAUCGUAAAGAGGGAUAUGGCGUUCAUCUUUUCCCUGAUGGAAUCAUUUUUGAGGGUCUGUACCAUGCUAAUGAGCGUUUUGGACCGGGAGUGAUGUCAUAUCCUGAUGGCCGCCAGGAUGUGGGUCUGUGGUACCGCCAGUGGCUACUGAGACUCUGCACAACUGUUAAGGGAGGCUUCACCUUAAUGGACUUCCCAGAACACAUGGCCCGAAUCCCACAGCAAAACCUUACACAGAUCCAGUCUCUGCCUUCCUUCACAAUGGGGUCUUGUAUGGAAAGUCAGCACUGCUUCACAGUUGACACACAUCUGCUGGGCGACUCCUCUCAUCUGGAGGACGAGCAGUUCAUCCUUCCCUCAGGCAUUGAGCGCUACUCCACUGACUCAGACCACCUGCCUAUACCCCGGCGCCUGCGUCAGGAACUCGACUUGCACUUCUUUAACAGAAGCAAUAUCAGCAUGCCUUUGUUCCCUAACGGACUACCUCUUCAGCAGAGAAUGGAGGCUCACAUCCACACACACAGAUUUGAGGUAGAAGAGUUGGACUGGGAUGUUUCUUCUGUCCUGGCUAUGAACCGGGAUCGCUUUGGAUCCAAGGGUCCCCUGGAGCUCAGGUCAGAGAAGCUUAUUAGAGAGGCAUUGCUUGGUGACCUCCAGAAUGUCCAGAGCAUCCUUAGAGAUGGAACAGUUCACCCGGAUGUAGGCGAUGUGACCGGACACACUGCACUUAUCGCAGCUACGGUCAAUUGUCAUGUUGAUGUGAUCAACUUGCUGCUGGACCGUGGGGCCAAUGUGAAUAAGCUGAAUGAUGAAGGGAUGUCUGCUCUGGCUGUGUGCGGUGUUCUUUACUACCCACUCCAGUCUCUACAAGAGACAGUGGCUGAAAAGACUUCUCAGGAUGUCACCACAGAACCAGAGAUCAGUUUGUCCUCAACCCUGGCAAACAGCCCACAUGGGGCUGCUGCUAAGGAAAGUUCAAAAUAUGAUGUUGAUAAAGAACUGCCGGUCAUAGAUAGACAAACUAACCAGGUGAAGCCUGAAGAGUUCAGCACAGCUCAGGAGCCCGAAACUCUCAAGCACGCUGAGGAAAUUAAAACCCCCAGUAAAGAAGAUGAGGUUCUUCAGCAGAUGCAAAAUGGACAGGACAGAGUAGUAAAGGCUGAACUGUUGGAGGAACCAGAGCCCCUGAAUGGAAGAAUCCCGGUAGACAUAUCUGCUUGGCACCAAGGUGAUGAUGAGGGUGAAAAUGUCCUUUCUACUGAGAAAGAGGAAAAAGCCUACAGAAACAGGAGCCUAGGAAAAGACCCUUGCUUUGAAUUGGCUAGUUCUGUGGCUAGCUUCCACAUCAACACAACAGAGGACAUCAUGCAGCAGUCGGCUGAGGUUCUGUGUGAAACUGGUCAAGUGUCAUCCGUAGAAACCCAAGAGACAGUUCAGAGGAUGGCAUUCAUGAAAACUGAAAAUGAGACCCACUGGGCCACCAUGAAGCUACUGCUGGAGCGAGGAGCGGACCCAAACGUGUCCAGCAUUCCGAUGCCCGUCAUUUUCCUGGCCAUAAAAGCAGGCCACGUUGAAGCUGUGCAGAGGCUGCUGGAGUGUGGCGCUCGCACAGACCUACACUUAACAGCCGAGCAAAAGGGCCUGUACCCGCUCCACAUAGCAGCUGGACUAACUGGCCCAGAGGGUCCCAAAAUCACAGAGCUGCUCCUGCAUGCUGUUGCAGACCCUGAUGUGAAAGCACAGGACGCCAGCGAAGUGUACGAUCUGGACAAGGUUAAACUUCACGACGCUACAAAGAAGACCUCAAAGGAGGAGCAGGCGAGUGGUGGAAACAAGUCCCUGGGAUCUGAACUCCCAACCUGCAUUUAUCCAACCUCCUUAGAGUCUCCUAAGGAAGGGGGAAGGACUCCACUUCACAUGGCUUGCCAAAGAGACACGGAUUACGCAAAUGCCAGAGAAGUGGUCUCUAUUCUUCUCUCCCACAAAGCAAGCACCGACCAUCUGUGGAGUGGCCAUUCUCCCCUCUCCCUGGCCAUCGCCAGUGGCAACGACCUUGCUGUGGACGAGCUUCUGGCUGCUGGAGCUGAUCCUAACCUGCCCCUCUCCUGCCAAGUGGGCAGUGCACUGUGUGCUGCCGCCAAUAUCCACUACAACCCUGGGCCUCGUCUGCGCAAUAGAAUCAAACUGGUUGAGAAGCUGAUAAAGGCUGGUGCCAAUAUCCUGAUGCCUGUGGUGGUUGGCGAAAGGAGUAGGAGCGCUAUAGGAACAGCAGUGGAUUAUGCUUGUUAUAUGUUUAACAAGGACUGGCGAGUCGCUCACAUUCCUUACCACGCACUAAAACCGCAAGAGAGGGAGGCCUACAACGCCCGCCGUCAGCUCAUCACCAUGAUGGCAGAGUUGAUGAGACAGGCUGCCACCAGCAUGGAGAAGCAGCGUUUGGAAAACGAGAAGAGCCGAGGCAUACACAGUGUUAGUCCCACAGACAAGUUUGUCUUUACUGGAACAGGAGCCACACCCCCUGCAGAUAGAACAAGCGUGCAUAUAACUACAGAGGAGCAAAGAGAAUCUGUAAACGAGUCUAUGGUUCAAAAGAGAUCACGGAGCAAACAUGAAGCUAAGACUGUGAGGAAACCCUUGUUUAAGUACUGUUACCAAUGCGGCCGUUCGGCAUGGGUGUCGUUGACGCCCUGUAGCCGCUGCCAAGAAGUGUUCUACUGCAGUAAGCCGUGUAAGCUGAAGGCCUGGAAUGAACGUCAUAAGGAGGAGUGUCUCCGAGUGCCAGGAAGUGGACGUCCUGAGUGUAGUCACGUGUCUGAUGACCAGCGGUGCCUUCUUUCAAGCAAAAGCUCCAGGAAGGGCAACAAUCUGAAUUUCAAUUUGGAUAAACCAAACUCAAGCAAAGCAGCAUCACACACAUUCACGCAUCAGCCUGACGAAAAUUACAGUUUUAUUUGAUUGUGUAGGUGAAAGGAAGAAGCAAAACAACUUUAGGGGGAAGAUUUUCAAUGUUACCAUUAACUUUUGUAUUUUAACAGUCACUCAAGUCCGGGUCCUGCUUAUCUAGCACCCUGCUUCCAACAGACCUCGCUCUAACAUUCAAUUCCUCCUAAAAGUAUUGAUUAACAGGGAUCAGGGUGUUAAAUUAUAUUGGAGUUAUACUUCAGUUGUAAUUGAUUUUGUAAUACUCAUCCAUUGUAUUCACAGACUCAUCAGUAACUGACCAAAAAAUAUUGAUCACUUUCCCCAUAAGCUAUUGACAUUUAAACAUAGUAGUACAAUUCAUCACAAAUGUCCUCCGCUUAGAAUAACACUAGGUGUUAAGAAAUACAUUAAGUAUUAAGAAUAAAAGCAACCGCAAGUUGAAUUGUUAUAUUUCAACAUCAAAGUAUCUAAUAGUGGAUCAUAACUUUUUCUGUUAAUGCAGAAAAGAUGGUGAUACUUUACCAAGAAGAGUGUGUUUUACUGUUUCAUUCAUUUCCAUACAGUUCUACUCAUAAAGUGAGAUUCAUUCUUGACCCAAUUAUUUCAGUUCAGUUAAACUGUGCACAUCUAUUUCACGAAAUAUUUCAGCCUCUUCAAUUAUCCACAGGCAUCAAUGAUUCCAUUGUGCUGCACAUAUCCAGCAAUAUCACACAUUACUGUGCUACUAAAAAAAUCCUGAUGAAAUGAAACAAACACCAGCUUUACACCAACGUUGACAGAUAUUUAUUGUUUUUAAUUCACGUCACCCAGCAACAGGAGCUUAAAGUAGAAUGACAAUACAGGAAGAUCCCAUGACCGUCUGGUCCAAUGAAGCAGGACAAUGAAUUUAGUUCAUUUUAUCUUGCCUAAUCAUUUCAUAUUCUGGGACAGAUAUUUGAACUUUCCUUAAAUGCAUGUCCAUGCAUCCAAACAUGUAGAUCUUCUUUUUGUUUUGCUUAGUUUUUUUUUUAGUUUUUUUUUAAAUCAUGAAGUGCUGAAAAAAGGAAGUUGUUUAUAAAUUAGCAUUGUAAAAUGAAAUGAAGCACAGACUCACUGCUUGCACAGCUUGCUUAAGAGGUUUUUGAGUCAUGUGCCCCAUUGCAAAAAAACCCAUCUCUGCCAAGAAGUUGUUACUUUUUUUUUUUUUUUUUUUAAACAUUCAAAGGUACAGAGAAAGACAAAAUCAUCUGUAAAACUUACAUACAAAAAAGACAUAAUUCCCUCAGUCUCUCAGAGAUAAAAGGUCCAAUCAGCCACAUGAUUUUUCAUUUGGCAAUCUCGUCAGCUCACUAACUUUCCAGUUUUUCUUCACUGCCCUACUAACCCCCCCCCCGAAUCCCCCAGGUCCAGUUUGGUAGCAGGAAUGCAUUUGUAUUACCGUCUGAACCGCAGAUUGAUCACAAUCAGCACCACAAUUAGGAAGGCAGAUGGUAUAAUUCGACUCCCGUCACCUUUCACUUGUUUGUCCUCUGGGCUGUAGGCGUCCAGUUUGGGUCUGUCCAGUUUAGGCCCAAAGACCGGCGGUGCACUUCGGACACAGAGCUGCUCGCUGCACAUGCCGCUGCCUGAACCACUGACGUCAUCACCUAAAGGCAUAAUGGGAAGACAAAAUGAUCAUGAAAAGAUCUGAUGGCAUUUUUCAGAUGUCAGGUAGUUCUCAUUCUUGCAGAGAAUCCUCUUUUUCAUAGCUGCCAUUCAUUUCUCUCUCAUCUGUUUCCCAUUGUUUUCAAUGUGGUUACUAAAUUACUAAAAUAAUAAAAAAUAUUUAAAAAAUGA